GCGUCAGUAGGCAAGGCACUUUACGGCCUUCGUGCCGCUCAUGUCAGUCAACAUGGAGGCAGAGGAAUCGGAGAAGGCCGCAACGGAGCACGAGCCGCUGAAAGGGACAGAACAGACACUAGACGUGGAGGAGGAGCAGGAGGAAUCCGAAGCAGCGGUCUGUGGCCGCAAUAAGCGGGUAGUGCCAGGUAUUGUGUACCUGGGCCAUAUCCCGCCGCGCUUCCGUCCCCUGCACGUCCGUAACCUUCUCAGCGCCUAUGGCGAGGUCGGACGCGUCUUCUUUCAGGCUGAGGAUCGGUUCGUGAGACGCAAGAAGAAAGCAGCAGCAGCUGCGGGAGGGAAAAAGCGGUCCUACAGCAAGGACUACACCGAGGGAUGGGUGGAGUUCCGUGACAAGCGCAUAGCCAAGCGCGUGGCGGCCAGUCUACACAACACGCCUAUGGGUGCCCGCAGGCGCAGCCCCUUCCGUUAUGAUCUUUGGAACCUCAAGUACUUGCACCGUUUCACCUGGUCCCACCUUAGCGAGCACCUUGCCUUUGAGCGCCAGGUGCGCAGGCAGCGCCUGAGAGCGGAGGUUGCUCAGGCCAAGCGUGAGACCGACUUCUAUCUUCAAAGUGUGGAACGGGGACAACGCUUUCUUGCGGCCGAUGGGGACCCUGCUCGCCCAGAUGGCUCCUGGACAUUUGCGCAACGUCCUACUGAGCAGGAACUUAGGGCCCGGAAAGCAGCACGGCCAGGGGGUCGUGAACGGGCUCGCCUGGCGACUGCCCAGGACAAGGCCCGCUCCAACAAAGGGCUCCUGGCCAGGAUCUUUGGAGCCCCACCACCCUCAGAGAGCAUGGAGGGACCUUCCCUUGUCAGGGACUCCUGAGGGCCAGGGUGGCCCCUUCCAGCUCCUAGCCCUGCUCUGCUUCCUGUCUACCUCAUAGCAGAAUGAUCGUGACUAUCCCGGCAAACAUUUUACUGUGUUUCUCAGACCAAGUGUCUCUGCUAAGGGCCCAAACGUGCAAGUUUUGAUGGCUUCCACUAUCCUCACUCCGAACUCCUGUAUAUGCCUGGCUGAGUCACCUAAUUCAUACUGUCAUACUAGCAUGAUUAUGACUAUUGCA